UUUAAAGUAAGAGGAAUGGAGUUUGUUAAAUUAGAAAUUUCCGGACAAAGUUUUAUGUACCAUCAAAUUCGUUACAUAAUUGGAGCGGUUGUUUGUGUUCUUCAAAAGAUCCUGAGUGAGAGCGAUGUAGAUUUUUCUUUUACUCCUGCGAAAUUGAAUUUGGAGUUAGCACCUGCUUCGGGCCUUUCACUUAAAAGCAUGGAUUUUGGUCCCUACAAUAAUUCUCUGGGCCAUCUUAAUGGCUUUAUUGACUUGGAAGCUUCUAAACUGAAACUGGAUGAGUUUGCUAGAGCAAUGAUUUAUAGAAGACAAGUUGAAGCCGAGCUCGAAGAAAGAAUUUGAAAGAUGGUUGGCCCAGAUUUAUAGAAAUAAAAUAUGUGAUAAACC